AUGAAGUGCCUUGUUAUUGUACUGGCUUGUGUGGUGCUGUCAGAGGGACUCUUCAAAGUCCCUCUGACAAAGACCAAAUCCAUCAGAGAGCGGCUCCUGGAAAAAGGGGUUCACCUGCCAUUCACUGACCCCGCCCUCAAGUAUAAGCCCUACAGGUCCCUGGGCAUGUCUGCCAUUGAAUCAAUGGCCAACUACGCUGAUACCACCUACUAUGGACCGAUUACCAUUGGAACCCCACCACAAUCAUUUGGAGUACUGUUUGAUACCGGGUCAGCUAACUUGUGGGUGGACUCAGUCUACUGCAACACCCAAGCCUGUAAUGCUCACCCCAAGUUUGACCCCUCAAGUUCAUCAACAUACUCUUCCACCAGAAACACUUUCUAUCUUCCCUAUGGUACUGGGAGUCUGUAUGGAGUCUUUGGCUAUGACACAGUCAACGUCGGGGGCAUUGUUGUCACCAACCAAGAGUUGGGCCUGAGCACCAACGAGCCCGGCGAGACCUUCCUGCAGGCCCAGUUUGAUGGAAUCCUGGGGCUUUCCUACCCUUCAAUCGCUGCUGGUGGUGCCACACCUGUGAUGGACACCAUGAUGCAGGAGAAUCUGCUGCAGUACAACAUGUUUGCUUUCUACCUAAGCAGGAAUGAACAGCAGGGAAGUGAAGUGGCUUUUGGGGGCGUAGACAACAACAAGUACCAGGGUCAGAUCUACUGGACCCCUGUCACUGCUGAGACCUACUGGCAGAUUGGUGUCAAUGGGUUCGCCGUCAACAAUCAGGAGACAGGCUGGUGCAGUCAGGGCUGCCAGGCUAUUGUGGACACUGGCACCUCCUUCCUCACCUGUCCUCAGCAAUACAUGGGUUACCUGAUGCAAGCAAUUGGUGCUCAAGCCAACCAAUAUGGAGGGUAUGACGUUAACUGCAAUGCAAACAACCUUCCAACACUGUCCUUCAAUAUCAAUGGUGUGAACUUCCCGCUUCCUCCAUCUUCCUACAUUCUGGUGCGAAACCAGGGUGGAUACCAAUAUUGCCAGGUGGCUAUUCAGUCCACCUACCUGCCCUCACAGAACGGCCAGCCACUCUGGAUUCUGGGAGAUGUCUUUCUGAGGGAGUAUUAUUCUGUCUACGACCGCGCCAACAACCAAGUUGGAUUUGCCCAAUCUGUCUGA